AGAUAGUGCGGCGCUUCCUCUAUUUCUGUUUGUUUGUUAGCUAGAUUUGGAUUUGAAGAAUGGAAACAACUGUGGUGUCAAAACAACAGCGGGUUGGAGCGAAGAAGAAGUCGGCUGGCGAGAAAAUGAGGAAAACGCGUGCAAACGGUAACGAAAGCUUUUGUUUACGUGAAUUCGGUUUGUGUUGUCAAGUGGGUGCAUGGGAAGGGUGAGUGAGCCUCUUAUAUUGACUCUAAUGAUAGGCUUUUUGUAAGACCCUUAUGCUAAUCGGCGAUAAGAUAGGCAACAAAGAAAAAGAAAUCAGUGUAGUUUUCCAUCAAGCUCGCGCUGUGAACGAUGUGCCAAUACACAGGUCCGUAUCAAACUUUCGAAAAGAAAAAGCGUGAAAAGGGCAUCGCAGCAAAAAUAACUGUCGCAUUUUCUGAACAAUUUUGAAUAGGCGGCAAAGAGUUGCGCAACUUUUUUGAUGUGAAAUUUAUGGCAGUGGUCGCGGCGGCGGACCCGGUCGAACAAAUGCUCAAGGUCGCCGGCGACUGGGGCCCUGCUCAGAUCGUGCUGCUCGCCCUUUUCGGCGUGUUGAACGUGAGCGCUGCCUGGCACUACUUCGCACAGACCGUGAUCAGCAUCAGUCCACCUUUCGCGUGCGCCAAGCCGGGCCCCGCCGCCUGCCUCGAGUGGACCGACGCCUCCAAUCACUCAGAAUCUCGGCCCUGCACUUCCGGCUGGACCUUCAACCUGACCAACUCUCCAGUUACCUUGAUCGCAGAGACUGAAUGGGUGUGCGACAAGUCGUGGAUGCCGUACUUUGGCCAGAGUGCCUUUUCGCUGGGCAGCGCGGUCGGCACGCUGCUCUUCGGCCUCUUAGCCGACAAAGUCGGAAGACUGCCCGUGCUGGUGGCGUCGAACGCCGUCGCCGCCGUGGCCAACGUAGCAACCGCCCUCGCCCCGGCCACCUUCGCCUCCUACUCUGCGGUGCGUCUGCUCGCCGGAUCGGCCUCCGACUCAAACUUCAACAUGAUGUACCUUCUCGUUAUGGAGUACCUGCGUCCCGAUCUGAGGUCAGUGGGCCUGAACAUGGCCAUAGGAGUGUUCUACAUGGUGGGGUGCGUGUCGGUGCCUUGGCUGUCGCGAUUAGCCGGCCACUGGCGCCUCUUUCUCCUCUUCACGGCGUCGCCGGCAAUAAUUUUGCUCGUGAUACCGUUCCUGGUGCCUGAGAGCGCUCGCUGGGCGCUGGCAGUGGGAAAGGGUCCGCAAGCUGCGAUUCGCUCGAUGAAGAAAAUCGCCAAAUUGAAUAGAAGAAAACUGCUUGCUGAAGAAGAGGCGCAAUUCACACUGAUGGCCAGUAAGCUGAAAGCGGACAACAGUGCCAAUAUUUUGGGGCUAUUCUGCUCGCCCAGACUGAGGAGGAACACUCUCAUUCUUCUGUUCAAAUCCAUGGUGCUGACGCUGUGCUACGACGCGAUUUCUCGCUACUCGGUGGGUCCGGACCCCCUGGCGAUGCUCAGUUUCGGAUCUCUGGUCAUUCUUCCAGGCUGCGCGGUGGUCGCUUUCAUGCAGGAAAAGGUCGGAAGGAAGUUGCUCGCGCUGUCGGCUCUCUUCUUUUGCGCUCUCUUCAUCGCCUUUGCCGGCGCCAUUCGCAACAUGGACAUCUCUCACGAAUACUCUAUUGGACUGGCGCUGCUGGGGCGGUUUGCAGUGGUGGUCGCCUACAACUCGGGCGCUCAGUACACGGCGGAAUUGGUGCCGGCGCAAGUGCAGGCGGGCGGAGUGGCGGCCAUCCACGUUGCCGGCUACGUCGCCUCUAUUUUGUCCCCUCAAGUGCUUUACCUGGAGCAAGUGUACCCGUCGCUGCCCGAAUUGGUCUUGGGCUUGCUGGCAGCGUUUGGGGCGGCCCUCUGUCUCUUUUUGCCGGAAACCAGCCACAAAACCUUGCCUGUCACCCUGGAGGAAGGCGAGCAGUUCGGCAGGGGAGACAGUUUUUUGCCCUGUGCCGAUAACUGCAGUGCCAAUUGGUACCAGAGCGAAGCUAAUUUGGUCCAAGCAAAUUAAUUAAUUAAUUCAGCGGCGCUACAGCCACUUAAUUUAACUUAAUUAAACUCGAAAGGCUUGAUCCAACAAUAGCAUCAGAAAUCAGCAAAUUCCUGAAUUGCUCUUUGAUUAUAUAACGUUUUAUCUAAUCUGAGAUUGCCUUUUUUGUGUGUUCAUAAAUGGACGGUUAAUAUUUUUCGUAUUGACGAUGUGUGUGCUUUAGCAGCAUUUUCCCUGCAAUUUUGUUGAUAUAUAUUUGUUCGAAUUGUUUAAAGAAUAAAAGAAGCGGUGUGACGAUUUUUUCAAAGCAAAAUAUGAAAAUACAGAAUUUGUGCUGUGAGAGCCGCGGGACAACUCAACGCCCAUCUGGAGAACCUUUCUCAUUGGUCGAGCCAGCUAACUGCUGAUUUGCUCCUUUGGGAGGAUAAAAGAAAAGACGCGAGUCGAGGCAGUCUCGCCUGUCACGCCAUCAUUGCACCAGUCUCUCCGCGUUCUGCGCUCGAAUCUCGGAUGUUUACGUUCAGUUGCACCCUUCGACUCGCUCUGAAACCCUGUUGUCGGUGAAUUGCAGCACGUUUUCUGCUAUCCAUCCCCGCAAGGAUGACAAUGCGGACGCUGGCUUUUGUCUUGGCGAUGUUGGUGGUGCAAGGGGCCGAGUCGUGCAACGAGGCCCUGUGCGCGCCGGUGGUGAGCAAGUGCAUGAUCACGCAGUCGUGCAAGUGCGAGCUGAGCGUGACGA